AGUCGCCCUAGAGCGCGCGCCACAGAGGAGGAGAGGAGCGCGCGCAAAACAUCUGGAUGCAAACAGCGCGCAGCAGCAGCAGCCCGAGAAUGCCCUGAAAGUCCACGCCAGGAAUGAGCUCAUACUCACUGACCCAUCGCCGCGUUCACCUCAGAGCCCCGCUUUCUUCUCCUCCAUGAUCCACUCUUCGAACUCCACGAUGGGGCGCGCGGCCAACGCCUCCGCGCCCGCCAACGCGAGCGACCCGUUCGGCCGUAACGAGGAGGUGGCCAAGCUGGAGAUCACCGUGCUGAGCUUGACGUUCGUGGUGGCCGUGAUCGGCAACGUGAGCGUGCUGGCCGCCGUGUACAACACGAAGAAGAAGACGUCGCGCAUGCACCUGUUCAUCAAGCACCUGAGCCUGGCCGACCUGGUGGUCGCCUUCUUCCAGGUGCUGCCGCAGCUCUGCUGGGAGGUCACGUUCCGCUUCACCGGACCCGACCUGCUGUGCCGGCUCGUCAAGCACCUGCAGGUGCUCGGCAUGUUCGCCUCCACCUACAUGAUGGUCAUGAUGACGGUGGACCGCUACAUCGCCAUCUGCCACCCGCUGAAGACCCUGCAGCAGCCCACGCGGCGCGCCUACGCCAUGAUCGGCGCCACGUGGGCCAGCAGUCUGGUGCUGAGCGCGCCGCAGGCCUUCAUCUUCUCCCUCAGCGAGAUCCACAACGGCUCGGGCGUCUACGACUGCUGGGGCCACUUCAUCGAGCCGUGGGGCAUCCGGGCCUACGUCACCUGGAUCACCGUGGGCAUCUUCCUCGUGCCCGUGCUCGUGCUUAUGCUCUGCUACGGCUUCAUCUGCCACAGCAUCUGGAGGAACAUCAAGUGCAAGACCAGAGGGAAUGGGCUGGUGGGCAAGAGCUCGGUGAGCGGCGUCAGCACCAUCAGCAGAGCCAAGCUGAGGACCGUGAAGAUGACGCUGGUGAUCGUGCUGGCGUACAUUGUGUGCUGGGCGCCUUUCUUCAUCGUGCAGAUGUGGUCGGUGUGGGACGCGAAAUUUAGCUGGCACGAUUCAGAGAACACUGCAGUGACUCUGUCAGCACUGCUCGCGAGUCUGAACAGCUGUUGUAAUCCCUGGAUCUACAUGAUAUUCAGUGGGCAUCUCCUCCACGACUUCGCACACUGCUUUCCCUGCUACCCCAAAAUACAGCACAAGUUCAAGAAAGAGGACUCAGACAGCAGCUUACGCAGAACCACAAUACUGACUAAACUCCCUAACCGGAGCCCCACCUGUAGUCUGGGCAACUGGAGAGACCUUGAUCAAACCCCUAAAGCUGACCAGUCCACUCCACUGGAAACAUGACAUUGUUCGUUGCCUCUGGGACUAAGAAUAUUCUCACAGCAGGGGCACAUUUAAGGUGGUUUUGUUUUUUAAAGUCUAGUUGGGAAGUGGAGACUGAACUGAGAAGGCUAUGCAGUAAAUCUCAAGUGUGGCAAAAAGCACAAUAGACAUGAUCACCAAACACAAGGUCUUUCCGCUGAUAAGUGCACAUUUAUGGGCAGGCAUGGGAUUUAUCUGGGCUCCAGUAAGCCUACAGGAGCCUUUGAAUGCCAAUACAAAUCCUGGAGCCAAGCACCAAGUCAGCUCUGCUAUUCUGAGAAUGGGAGUGAGUCUAAGUCAAUAGAUGACACUUUAGAAAAAUUUUCAUUUAUGUUGCACUAAUCUGAAAAAGGAAAAUAUCAUACAGUAGGACUUGUUGUUAAAUCACUGCAGAGGGGAUAAAAGGAUGAGCCUAUGAGAAAACUGUCAGCUGUGAGCUGGAACUCAAUGUUCAUGUUGCUCUGAGAAUUGCUGGUUGUUUACAAGGUUAGAUGUGGUCACCUGGGUCAAUAACCAAGUUUGAGGCUGAUCUCUCUCUCUCUCUCUCUCUCUCUCUCUCUCUCUCUCUCUCUCUCUCUCUCUCUCUCUCACACACACACACACACACACACACACACACACAUACAGAACUUCUAUACAAAUAAAAGGAAACUUUUCCUAUGGUUUUCCACCACAUCAGUCUCUGCCCUGGCUGAGUUGACUCAGGCCUUUAUUGGUUUUUAAAUCAUUUGUUUUUUACUCCCAUCUCCCAUUCCAGCACCAUGCAUGCAUUACUUCUGGCUACACAACUAACUGACGUAAUGUGAACACAGAUGAGUCAAGGCAUCUUCAUUUGUGUAAACUCAAAUUAAAUGAUCAUCUUACUUUAAGACACUGUUUACAAUUAAGCUGAUUUUUUCACUAUGUUUUCCAGAGAGAAUGAUCUGGAGAUUAAGACUGUAAUAUCUUUAAAUAUAAAUUAGCCCUGGAUAUGGACUUUUAUUAGAAGAUUUGACAGUUGUAUCAGUUAUAACACGAUUCAGAAGCUGUUGUCAAUAUACAUAUUGCAUCUGUAAAGAAAUAGCCUACAUAACUGCAACAAGUGGAAUGUUGUUUUUCUGUAUAUCAGAUGUUUUGUGUUUAUAUGAAAUUAUGUUGUCAGAAGUGUCCCUUUUUUGAUGUCUGGAUGAUAUAGUACUGCUCAAAGUGUUGUUGAUGCAGUGUCUGUUGCCUGUAAUCAAUUAUUGCACCACUUCCCAUGCAUAUUGAUGUAUCCAUGUGCAAAAGUAAAAUAAACCACUCUGUGAAACGUC